AUGGAGAAGAGAGCCACGCCAACGAUCUACCUUGCCGGCGAUAGUACCAUGGCGAAAAACGGCGCCAACGACGGUUCCACUGACGGCUGGGGGCAAUACCUGAGCAAAUACGUCACCGUUCCUGUCGUCAAUAAAGCCAUCGGAGGUCGCUCGGCCCGCAGCUACUCUAAUGAAGGUCGCUUCACCGAGAUUGCAAACCUCAUCAAGUCGGGGGACAUCGUGGUCAUCGAGUUCGGGCACAACGACGGAGGCUCGCCCAACUCUGCCACCGAUAAUGGGCGUAGUGACUGCCCCGGCACCGGCGAGGAAACCUGCACGUCCGGGAAAGAUGGGUCUACCGUGUACACCUUCGGCCACUACGUCAAAGCCGCUGCAAAGACGUACAUUGCCAAGGGUGCGACUGUGGUCGUGAGCAGCCAGACGCCAAAUAACCUGUGGGAGGGCGGAUCGUUCAGCACAUCGGCACCUAGAUUUGUGGCGUAUGCUGCGCAGGCGGGCAAGGAGAUCGGGAGCGGUGCAUCUUUCGUUGAUCAUUUCCAAGCUGUGCUCAACGCGUACAGGAAGUUGGGAAAUGCGGCGACAAAUGCGCUCUAUCCCAAGGACCACACACAUACUAGCCCGGCUGGUGCUGAUCUGUCGGCGCAGGCUUUCGCGCAAGCGAUCAAGUUGAACUUGAACGGCACUACGUCUAUCGCGCCGUAUGUGAAGGCUGGCAACCCCACUGUAUGGUAG